CACGGCCCAGUUGCUGGUUUUACCUGCAGAUGCGAGCAGCCGCCGGCGGCGGCGGUCGGAGAGCGAGUGGAGGGGAGGAUGCUGUGCCGCCGGCGGCGCGUGGGGGCGGCGGUGCGGUGGCUGUCGCGGCUGGCGCCGCCCGCGCCGGCGGAGGCGGACCCGGUGGUGGUCCGCGUGGACGGGAGCAACGUGGCCCGCCUCGGGAAGCCCAAGCCCGGCCCGAGGCCGCGGCAGCUGCUGUCGCUGCCGCCGUUCCCGGGCGGCGGGGACGGCGACCCGCUCCCCGGGAGGAAGGCGGCGGCGCCGCGGCGGGUGACGGCGGUCAGCUGGGUGAAGCACUACCUCGCCGACGUGCCGCAGGAGGUCGUGCAGGCGCACUUCAACAAGAGGCUGGUUUAUUCCGAGUGCUCAGAUCAUGAGGUUUCAGUUGAGACUAUUAAGAGCCAGAAGCAUCAUCUCAAGAAGAUCAAGCAUAAUGAUGUGAUGGAGCCUGGCAUGAGAAUUCACCUUCCUGUGUCAGUGGCAGAGGGCGAGAUUAAGAAGCGGUAUGAGACCAUUCCAACUGCCACAUUGCAUCCCAAUAAAGAUGAGAUUGAAUACUUGAGAAGGCUUGUCAUACACAAGGAUUCUGCCAUACUUGUACUUAACAAGCCCCCAAAAGUGCCCAUGAAGGGAAAUUUGCCAGUGCAUAACAGCAUGGAUGUGCUUGCAGCAGCAGCUCUGUCAUAUGGAAAUGAAGAAGGUCCAAAAUUGGUUCAUCGACUGGACAGAGAAAGUAGUGGUUUGCUGUUGUUCGGGAGAACAAAAGAAAGCUUUACUCGAUUGCAUUGGCUUUUCACUAGCGUCAAUUUAGCAAAAACGAAUUCUCAGGUAUGGAAUGCUGCCUGUGAAGCAUACAUGCAGAGGUAUUGGGCAUUGGUGAUUGGGACCCCUAAAGAAAGAGAAGGGAUUAUUUCUGCACCUCUUUCAAAGGUACUUCUUGAUGAUGGGAAAGCCGAGCGUGUCAUUCUGGCACAUCCAUCUGGCAUAGAUGGUGCACAAGAAGCUGUAACAGCAUAUCGGGUGAUGGGACCAACCAUUCAUGGGUGCUCAUGGAUUGAGCUACGCCCAUUGACAGGCCGAAAGCAUCAGCUCCGAGUACAUUGUGCAGAAGCUCUAGGCACACCCAUUGUCGGAGACUACAAGUACGGGUGGUUUGUGCACCAAAGGUGGAAGCAGAAUCCCCAACCAGACUUUGAACCGUUUACUGGGGAGCCAUACAAGCUGAGGCGCCCAGAAGGCUUGGAAAUCCAGAAGGGCAGUGUUCUCUCUAAAGUCCCUCUGCUGCACCUGCAUUGCCGGGAAAUGGUCAUCCCCAACAUCGCGAAAUUCCUGAGCAGCAAUGGAGAAUGGCAUGAAAAUGGUGCUCCAUGGUCCAAGGAGAAGCCCAAUCUCCUCAGGUUCAUCGCACCGAUGCCUGCACAUAUGAAAAUUAGCUGGAAUAUCAUGUCCUCAUAUCUGGUGUAAGAGCAUCUCCAUGUGCCAUUGUUGGUAACAUCAAGUUUCAUUCCAUGUAGUUUUACUGAGAAGCAGCUAGGCUUCUAGUUCAUUAUUUUCUAGAUUCUAUAGCUACAUCUUCUCACAGUCUGGGUGAGAAUCUGUUCUGCACUGCUUCGGGAGCCUAAGAUUUUAGGAUAUAAGCUGCCGCUGCUAGAAGCUCAGCUCCCCCGAAUAGUGCCAUAGCUGUUUUUUUCAGGAAUGCCAGAUUGUAGCAUCUGAACCAUUGCAAAAGAAACAGUUGGUGUGAAUAUAGAUCAAUUUUCUAAGAGUAUACAUCCUACCAAAGUUUUAAAUCUUUGUUUCUUUUUUGUAAGCAUGAUGUAAUUCUGAACAAUAAUUACUGUACGUUGCAGCAUUUUACUACUAAUGAAAUGCCACUGCUAGUCUGCUACUAA